AGCAGUUUUUAAACUGCCAGCAGCUCCGUUUGUGGACAAAAGCUCUGCAGAUAAUUCCCGUUAACGGACUCACAGCUGGAACUGAAGGACGAAGGAGUCGACGGUUCGACGCGUCCAGAUGUUGGAGCGGAGUCUGUGAAUGAGCAGCAGUUCAGGUGAAGGUAGAAGGUGUGUGAGCUGAUGUGAAUCCAGCAGCAUGGGUCAGGGUCAGAGCAGAGAGGAGGGAGUCCUUCCCUCCAAAACCUCCCCGAGGGGAAAACCUGAGAGAGAAGAAGAGAGGAGACCUGGACCUGGACCUGGACCUGGACCUGGAUCUGGACCUGGACCUGGACCUGGAUCUGGACCUGGACCUGGACCUGGACCUGGACCUGGACCUGGACCUGGACCUGGACCUGGACCUGGACCUGGACCUGGAUCUGGACCUGGACCCAGCGGUGUGUCCUUGAAGAGUGAUGCAUCAAAGGAUAUCAUUACCCAUUUUAAAAAUGUUCCUGCUUGUCCUUCAGAGAGAACGGGCCGACCAAGAUGGACCCAGCGGGAGAGCUAAUUUCCCCCUGGGAGUUUCUCCGCCGGGAGACGGAGAAAAACCUCUGGUUCGAGGAG